UCUCAUAGCUAGAGCAGAUAUGUUAGAGCUAUUUAAUAGCUUUCUUUAUGCAACUUUCUGAAUUUCAACUAGUAAAUAGUUUCAAAUAACAGAGAAUUUUCAAGUAAAUUCUCACAAGCUUUGCAGUUGUAUUUUCUGGAUUUAAAUAUAAAAUGAAUGGCCACUGCCUUUCUCUGGUUAUAGUGUGCCUUGUUUCAUUUUUUCUUGAUUUCUCUGCUGGUCAUUUUUGGACAUCUGCAAGAAACAGCAAUUUUUGCUUCUGGACAAGCUCUAUCUCGAAUGGACAGAUACAUUAUAUGUUCCUUCACCAGACUACAGUGGGCAAAGAGAGAACUUUGGUCUUAUUCGACAGUAUCUGGAACAAGGAAAACAGCCUGGUGGACUGUAUUACAAGCAACAACCGUGCUGUUAUUAAAAACUUUUCAUCAAAGUGCUGGAUAGUCAGAGACAGGCCUUUCUCAGAUAUUCCAGAUGGACGCUUUAACAUCAGUAUUUUGGUUGAACCUGAUGGCCCCUGUGCAGCUCUGGGACAACUGCCAGAACUGGGAGUACCUGUGCGCAGGACAAGAGACCUUGAAAGUAUGGACCGCAAAACGAUUUACCAGAACAGUGGAGAAAGUUCCCAAAAGCUGAAGCGUUCUAAGCGAGCAUGGAUGAUUCCAGGAACUCUGUGGUGUGGCUCUGGGAACAAGGCAUCUGUUUUUUCAGACUUAGGUUUAUUUGUGGAGACUGAUAUGUGCUGUAGGGAGCAUGACCACUGUGAGCAAACCAUUGCUUCCUUUGAGUUUGGCUAUGGAGUAUUCAACACUAACUUCUUCACUUUAUCACACUGUGACUGUGAUAGCAAAUUUCGCCGCUGCCUUCAUAAUGCCAACGAUAGCAUGUCUGACAUGGUCGGUUAUGGCUACUUCAACCUCCUCAAGAUGCGGUGCUUUGAAUUUUCACAGAGAAUGACAUGUGCAGAAAGGACCUGGUGGGGCAUGUGUAAACUGAGUCAGAUGACUACAUAUGCUGUGUUGAAGGAUGCAACAGAUUACAAUUCCACAUUCACAGUAUUGGAAGAUGAUAAACUGGAUCUAAGCAUCCAUCACACUGUCUCUUUUGGAAAUCUAACAGUUACUAAUGACUUGGUAAUGUCAUCUGGCAUUGUCACUGAAGAUGCCACGGAAAAUCAUUCAUCAGUGCCUGUACCACGAAGGCUAUCGGUUACAAUUAAUACAUCUCAGCAGCCUGAACCUCAUGAAAAAACAACAAAGUCACUAAUGAAUCAUCCAACAAGCUCAUCGAAAACAGAACCAACAGACUCACCAAAAACAGAACCAACAGACUCACCAAAAACAGAACCAACAGACUCACCACACAACACAACAGACUCACCAAAAACAGAACCAACAGACUCACCAAAAACAGAACCAACAGACUCACCACACAACACAACAGACUCACCAAAAACAGAACCAACAGACUCACCAAAAACAGAACCAACAGACUCACCACACAACACAACAGACUCACCAAAAACAGAACCAACAGACUCACCAAAAACAGAACCAACAGACUCACCACACAACACAACAGACUCACCAAAAACAGAACCAACAGACUCACCACACAACACAACAGACUCACCAAAAACAGAACCAACAGACUCACCAAAAACAGAACCAACAGACUCACCAAAAACAGAACCAACAGACUCACCAAAAACAGAACCAACAGACUCACCACACAACACAACAGACUCACCAAAAACAGAACCAACAGACUCACCAAAAACAGAACCAACAGACUCACCACACAACACAACAGACUCACCAAAAACAGAACCAACAGACUCACCACACAACACAACAGACUCACCAAAAACAGAACCAACAGACUCACCAAAAACAGAACCAACAGACUCACCACACAACACAACAGACUCACCAAAAACAGAACCAACAGACUCACCACACAAAACAACAGACUCACCAAAAACAGAACCAACAGACUCACCACACAAAACAACAGACUCAGAACAUAUACAAACAACAGAUGAAGCAAAAACAGAAACAACAGAUUCACCACAGACACCUACAGACUCACCACACAUACAAAUAAGAGAUUCACUAAAAACAGAAACAACAGACUCACCCAAGACACAAGCAACAGACUCAUCACAGAUAAAAACAACAGACUCACCAAAGACACACAACCAUCCUAAGAUGUGCACCAGACAAAAAGGUAAACUGGACACCUGUGAGAGUUAUAAAGACCUGGACUCCUGUCAUUAUCAGAUACCUGCACUGCGGGAGAAUUUUGGCCUACGCAAUGCUGAACACACCACCUUGUACCACUGCAACUGUACAGCCAGACUUGCCAGGGAGCUUGCUGAAGAGGUUGAAGUUGACAUGGUUCAUGUCUGGUUGCUGGAUUUUGUCUCCCAAUCCUGUUUCUUUCUGCCUCAGAACUGCACUGGGAGUGAAAGUUGCUCCACCCCUUCUCCUAAUGACGCGCCUCGGAUCGAGCGCUGGAGCAAAGGCGCGGCCGUUUGGCGACAUCUAGCGGCUCCGAGGCGCAAAGCCAAACGGUUCCACUCCAAACGGUCCAUGAGGAAAGACUCUCCAAUCAGACUGCACAAAAAGUGUCUGAGGAUGUACUCCAAGCUCCGGAAAGAAGUGCAACAACUGUACCAUACCUGAGCGCGAGGAUUCCUGCAUGCAUUCACUUUGCUGAAACUGGACACUAUGCAGUAACAAUGUAAAUAAAUGUAAAUGCAUAUGUAUUGUUGGGAGUAGUGUAAAUAAAUAAAACCAUAUUUC